GUAGCUGGGUAGCGUCAGUAGUGUCGAGAGGAGCGAGCUACGAUGGUCCUCAUCAAGGAGUACCGUGUGGUUUUACCCUGUAGUGUUGAGGAGUAUCAAGUUGGACAGCUGUUCUCUGUGGCUGAAGCGAGUAAAAAUGAGACGGGUGGUGGUGAGGGCAUUGAGGUACUCAAGAAUGAGCCCUAUGAAAAAGAUGGAGAGAAAGGACAGUAUACACAUAAAAUCUACCACUUAAAGAGUAAAGUCCCAGGGUUUGUCAAGCUGUUAGCCCCUGAAGGCUCCCUGAUAUUCCAUGAAAAAGCUUGGAAUGCCUACCCCUACUGCAGAACCAUUGUGACGAACGAGUAUAUGAAAGAUAAUUUCUUCAUUAAGAUUGAGACGUGGCACAAACCAGACCUUGGAACGCAAGAAAAUGUGCACAAACUAGACAAUUCCACAUGGCAGAAUGUAACUGUUGUGCCUAUUGACAUCGCAGACAGAAGUCAAGUGUCCCCUGCUGACUACAAGCCAGACGAGGAUCCUGCCAAGUUCAAGUCAGUUAAGACCGGCAGAGGACCUCUUGGGCCCACCUGGAAGAAAGAGCUGGUUAGUAAGACUGACUGCCCAAGGAUGUGUGCCUACAAGCUGGUCACAGUCAAGUUCAAGUGGUGGGGCCUGCAGACCAAAGUGGAGAACUUCAUCCAUGAGCAAGAGAAGAGGAUCUUCACCAACUUUCAUCGCCAACUCUUCUGCUGGAUUGAUAAGUGGGUGGAGCUGACUAUGGAUGAUAUCCGGCAGAUGGAGGCAGAGACGCAGAGGGAGUUGGAUGAGCUUCGCAAAAAGGGUGAAGUACGAGGAACCAGUGCUGCAGACGAAUGAAAACGCAAAGGAUUUCAAACACCCACGAUGACGGCAGCGAUGGUCCUUUGGUGCCACUUUUUACCUUAACUGAUUCCGGCUGUGGAGGAGGGGGCGCUGCUACCUGCAAUCAGUAGAGCAGAUCCCUGACUUUCACCCAAUCAUAGAUAUUCUAUUCAUUGAGGAAUUGAUUUCUAGAAACCAACACAAUCCUAGCUGAUAAGACUCCGGCUAAUUUUGAUUUCCUGGCCAGAGAAAGGCUGGGUAUCACCAUCAUGUUAUUGACAAGACCUAGCCUUCUGGAGAGUUAUGAAGAGGAGCUACUUGCAGGGGAGGGGGGAGGAAGAGAGGGAGCGAGAGAGAGAUUUUUUUUUUUUUUUUUAAGAAAAUCAAUUUCAUUGGUAUGAUUCCUUGAUUGCACAGUGGCAGGUGUUUGACCAAAUGUUUCCUCUGUAUUAUUAUUAUUAUUAUUAUCAUUUUGUUAAUGUUACCCUCCAAAUCAUUCCUCUGAAGAUGAUGAUGCCCUGUCUGACCUCUCUUUGUCUCCUUGGUUUUAACUGUACACACUGUGUCUCAUUGGUUUACAUUCCCUGGCAUGAGUCUGUCUGUUUGUCGUACUCAUGUUCCUUCCUGCCACAGCCUCCAUUAAGAGAUUACUAACACCCUUGGCGCCUUGGCCCAUUGUAAUCCUCCCCCUCCAUCACCCCACCUUACCCAAAGCACUGCAUCUUAUUAGCACUGACAAUCAUGUCCGUACAGGUAUUCGCUCUCACUCCCAUACAGAUUUAAUAGAAGCCCACACAUGCAUAUGGUAUAGGCAUUGCACACAUGAGGAUAAACAUGUGAAUCCAUUCUCACACAUACACACACACUUGCAGGUGUGGAUGCCUUUGCGGUGACUGAUCUCUUAAAAGCUCAAGCUGGGCAGAUCCAUGCAAGCUUGUUCAGCUAAAGGAUGUUACUUUGGAAGUGUUUACAGCUCUCAAUGUUUUUUUGUUUUUUUUCCUCUAACCGCACACUCCCUAUUCUGAAGACAUUUACACACAACAUACAACACAGCAUUCACCUCCCUUAACAGAUGUCCCCAGAGAAAAACUGCACUGAAAAACAGCCACAGAUGGUGCUACACCCCUCCGGCCGCUGUCACAAGCCAAACUGCACCGCGCUGCUCGUCCCACCUUACCCAGCCCGCCCCAGAGGCCCAUCUCACUCAUCUGGUUCUCAGAGGUAGACCGUCUCCAUCUCUUCCUCUGCUUCAUUCUUAGGUGUGUUUACAUAUUCAUAACCACCUUAUCAGUGUCCUGUCAACACCAGCACCACACACUGCUUGCCUUAAUCUCCAGAUAUUUAUAUCUAUCAGACCUGUUAUACCUUUCAUACCUCUGCUGCCAGCUGCUGCUCUAGCUACCUCCCUUGUUUUUGACUGGCAAUUUUCCUGACACCUAAAUGUUAGCGCUAGCUAUUAGCUGCUACCUGUUAGGAGUAAAUCGUGGCAGACAGAGCUUUUUGAACGAAGUUGUCUUUUGUGAUGACUCUUUGUUUUCUUCAGGGUGUAGAGUUGCAUGCGAUUCCCUUUCAUGUUUCCUGAUGUGUCACAGUGCCUGAGCAAGUGCUAAACCUUGGUGUGCACUGUCGUUGCUGCAAAGGGCUGCAGAUUUACAUUGCCGCCUCUGACUAGCUGUGUGAUGGAUAUGCCAUUUUAAUGACACUCGACUUUUCAACUCCAUUGUGCACUUUCUCUGCUUUCUCCACUCCCAGUGUUACAUAUGUAUACAGUAGAAGUGGUUUCCUCAUCUGAUUCUUUAACGGUGUUUUGUUUUUGUGUGCGUCAGUGUCUUAAAUUGUGCAACAGGAAGUGGGGAUUUGUUUUUAGAGAUCUGUUUUCCACAUUUUUAAGACACUGAUAUGAUGAAAUAUUCUGGGUUCAAAGAUUCUCAUGUUUUUAUUAUCUGUGUCAGUCUAAUGAGGGAUUGUGAUCACUUCCUCAGUACUGGGUUAUUGGCUUGUCCAAAGAGCAUAAAUGGAUGUUUACAUGUGUUCAGCAGUUGUAGGCUGUUUUUAAAUAGGAAAACUUGGAAGCUAAUGUCUGAGGCAACUUUUUUUAUUUU